CCACGAGAGUAUGAUUUGAUUGGCAAUUUCAUUGACAAAGAUGCAGGAGACACCCGGACAUGACUGAUAAUCAUAAUGUCAACCAGUUUUCUCCCCCUGGGCCCCUCUCCACAGGCACAGAAUUUUGAUGAUGUCAACCUCAAUCUUGGAGAACUUGAUCUAACCUCAGAAGAUUUUUUACUUGAAGAAGUUGAUGUUCAUAUUCAACAAAACUUAGAAGAUGAAUUUGUGAAAGAAGCGUUGAAAGCUGGAGUUGACCUGCGCCAGUAUUCCAAGCAGAUUGAGAAGGAGCUGUUAGAAGUGGAGAAUGCUUCCAUUCAAGACUAUAUUAAAGAGAGUCAGAACAUCGCCAGUCUUCAUACUCAGAUAGCAGCAUGCGACAACAUUCUGGAGAGAAUGGAGCAAAUGCUGAAUGGUUUCCAGGGAGACCUGAGCAGCAUCAGUAAUGAGAUUCAGACAUUACAGGACCAGUCUAUUGCCAUGAACGUCAAGCUGAAGAACCGACAAGCUAUUCGAGGUGAAUUAAGUCAGUUUGUGGAUGAAAUGGUAAUUCCUGAAAGUAUGAUUACUCACAUUUUGGAUAGCCCGGUUACUGAUCGUGAAUUCCUCGAACAGCUACACGAGCUGAAUCACAAGAUCAACUUUGUGAAGGAGCAGAGUUUCCGCGACGCCAGGUCCUGUCAAGACGUGAAGGACAUUCUUGAUAAACUCAAAAUGAAGGCAAUUGCAAAGAUCAGAGAAUUUCUCCUCCAGAAGAUCAACUCCUUUCGCAAGCCUAUGUCCAACUACCAGAUAUCACAAAACACAAUGCUUAAGUUCAGGUUUUUCAACGAAUUCUUAAUGGCUAAUGAGAGACAUGUGGCGAAGGAAGUGAGAGAUGAAUACAUAGACACGAUGAGUAAAAUCUACUAUUCCUACUUCAAGGGCUACUCCAGUAGGCUGAUGAAAUUGCAGUUUGAAGAGAUGGCUGGGAAAGAUGACCUGAUGGGAGUAGAAGAUACAGCUAAAAAGAGCUUUUUUUCAUCGAAGCCUCAUUUAAAGAACAGGUCAACUGUAUUCACUCUGGGUAACCGAGGAGAGAUACUCACAUCCGAGUUGGAAGCUCCUGUCAUUGUCCCACACGCAGCUCAAAAAUCUGAUGCAAGAUACACUUUUGAGACACUAUUUCGAAGUUUGCACUUCGCACUCAUGGAUAACUGUUGUCGAGAGUUCCUCUUUGUGGUUGACUUCUAUAUGGCAAUGGGGUCAGUCGCUCAGAAUCUCUUUGAUGCAAUCAUGGGGAAAACAUUAACAAUGUUUAUGGUUACAAGGAGGUAUGCCGAGUUUUCUGCUGCCAUUAUUGGAAUCAACCAGUCGUAUCCCAAUGAAAGGACUGACCGACUCUUGGGUCAGCUACAAACAGAAGUUGAAAAUUUCAUACUCAAGAUGGCCGCCGCAUUUCCUCACAGAAAGGAGCAGCUAGUCUACCUUAUUAACAACUAUGAUAUGAUGCUGGGGGUACUCAUGGAAAGAACUUCUGAAGAUUCAAAAGAGACAGAAAGCUUUAAGGAAUUACUGCAAGCCAGGACGCAGGAAUUUGUGGAAGAGAUAUUGGCUCCUCACUUUGGAGGCAUGAUAUCCUUCGUCAAGGACUGUGAAGUCCUUGUGGAGAGGGGGCAGAUAGAACUGCUGAAAAAUGAAGAGAAACGCAUACAGCAAAUAGUUCGAGGUUUUAACAAUGACUGGAAGAGAGCUCUUGAGGUUAUCAACCAGGACGUGAUGAGGUCAUUUACCAACUUCAAAAAUGGUACCCAAAUAUUGCAGGGUGCUCUCACUCAGCUCAUCCAGUACUACCACAGGUUCCAGAAAGUCUUAUCACAAGGUCCAUUCCGAAACAUGCAGAUCCGAAACGAACUCAUUAAUAUUCAUCACGUGAUGGUGGAGGUUAAGAAAUACAAACCUAAUUUCUGAUGUGAUCUGCUGUAAUGAAAAUAAAAAAAACAUUCAGAUAUAUAUAUUAUGUUUGCAUCAAAAGGGAACCGAUGAAUUGGCAUAUAUGUCACGAGGUCCAUUACGAAACAUGCAGAUCCGAAACAAACUCAUUAAUAUUCAUCACGUGAUGGUGGAGGUUAAGAAAUACAAACCUAACUUCUGAUGUGAUCUGCUGUGAUGAAAAGACGAAAACAUUAAGAACUGUAAUAACCAGCAUUAAACUCAUUAAUAUCCAUCACAUGAUGGGGGAGGUUAAGAAAUACAAACCUAAUUUCUGAUGUGAUCUGCUGUAAUGAAAAUAAAAAAACCCAUUCAGA